AUGUCUAAUUAUGUGAAAAUUAAUUCUGAUGGAGCAUGGAAAAAGGACUCGCAUUUGGCAGGUCUGGGUGUAGUUGCUAGAGAUGCUAUCAGAUCCUUUUGUGGUGGUUUGGCUACUUCGUUCCAUUGCAACUUGGCUCUGGUUGCAGAGGCUGCUGCUGGCCUAUGUGCUCUCAAGUUUGCUCUUAAUCAUAAUUUCACCGACAUUAUCCUUGAGACAUAUUCGAAGAUUUUGGUGGAAGGAGUUAAAGGUGGAGGAAAAAAUGGUGUUUGGGCUAUUCAACCACUUCUGGAUGAGUUUAAGAAGAUCUCUGUUUGUUUUAGAUCGGUUCUUUGGAGCUGGGUGCCAAGGAAUUUGAACCGCGUAGCACACAAGGCUGCAGCGAUUGGAAUCAAAGCGGAGCAACUGGAAAGUUGGGCUGUCAGGCCACCUCUGUCUCUUGUGGGAGUUUUACUAUCUGAUGGCCUCCCUUGUCCUCCAGGGAGGUUUUCAUAA